AUGAAUGAAACAAAUGUUGGAACAGACAUAGAAGAAAAGAAAAAACACACAGGAAAAGAAGGGAAACAUAAAUUCUCCAUUAGACACAAAAAAAUAAAAUUAUAUAACAAAUCAAAAUCACAAGAAAAACGAAAAAAAAAGGUUAAACAAUUUAAAAAUUAUAAUUCUUUAAAGUAUAAAAAAAAAAACGAAAAACCGAAAAAAAAAAAAAAAAAAACAUCCAUGCUAUUAAAUAAAAAGAAUGAUUCGAAUUUAGAAAAGAACCCUAGCUAUUCAAAUGUAGUUAUUAGUGAAAAGGCUCAAUCUUUCAUAAAUCAUGAUAAAUCUAUAAAUGAGCAUGCUUCCAAAAAAAAAUUUACAAAUAAUAAUUUAAAUGAGAAGGAACCAAUAACUCCUGAUAAUUCGUCCAAUAAAUAUAUAUCAAAUAAGUGUGAUGAAACCCAUAUUAGUAAUAAUUUAGAUGCCAUUAAAGAGCUUAAAAACGGUGUAAAAAAAUAUCAAAAUGAAUCUUCGAAUUAUAUAUACGAAAAAAUAACAUGUAAAAGAAUAUUACAAAAUUAUGUUGAAAAAACAAAUGUUAAAGAGGAUAAGGAUACUUGUAAAAGCAUUGAGGAUAGUAAUACCAAUUAUAGCCUUUUAAAAAAUCAAGAAAUAAAAAGUAUACAAAUUUGUAAUAAAGAACAAAAUAUAAAACGUAAUAUUUUCAAAACACAAAAUUGGAAAAAUGGUUUUAUUCCUUCUAUUCGAAAUAAUUAUGGUAGUAGAUGUGUUGGAAUUUCUGAAAGAAGUGCCUUAAAAGUACAAAAUUCAAUAAUAAUUCGAAAUGGUACAAAAAAUGUAUUUAUUAGUAAGUGCUGUACUGUAAAGAAAGAUAAAACCCUCAGUAUUGAGAAUAACACGAAAUUAAAAAAAGAAAAAUGCUCAGAUGUAAGUAAAUCAGAUAUUUAUAAAAAUAUUCAUCACACUAUUAUCAAUGAUAUUGAUGAAAUUAACAACAAAAUUAAAAGAAAAGUUGCGAUAAAAAAAACAAAAAAUAUUAAAGAUAUAGACAUGGAUAAAAAAAAUAUAAAUGAAAAUCUCAAACAUUCUAAUAUUUUACCUGAAAACAUUAAUUCGGUUGAAGAUAGUGCAUUGGUAAAAGAAGCAUUCGAAUUUACACCAAAAGAUGCUACCUUGAUUGAGCUUGAGAAAAUUCAUCUAAGCAACUUUAAAGAAUUGCCUAUUCCCCUGAAAAAUAACGCAGAUCAAAUAAAAUUCAUUUUAGAAAAUUUAAGUGAAGAACAAAUAAUUAGAUUGUCUAUCCCUUUUAACGAAAAUUCAAAAAUAGUAAAGUAUUUAAAUUUGUUAUCAAUAGAAAAAAUAGAGAAAAUAAUAAAACUAUUAGAUGUAGACAAUUAUAAAAGUUUUAUAUUUAUAUUUAAAGAAGAUAAAAUUGUUAAAAUUAUAGAAAACAUUUCUAUAAAUACAAGUAUAAGUAUAUUGUUAAAUUUACCACAAAAUAAAUUGACAUAUAUAUUUAAUAAAAUGACAGAACAAAUUAUAAUAAAAAUCAUAAAUACAAUUUCAUUGUGCAAAUUUUAUUAUAUAAUUGAAUGCUUGCCUAUAGAAAAAAUCAGCCCCCUUUCUAAUCAUAUAUCUUAUGAAAAAUUAUAUAUACUUCAUAAUAAUUUGACAUCUAAAAAUUUAUGUUUAAUAACUAACGAUUUAUAUAUUUCAACCACUAAUAGACUUAUGAAUGACCUGCCUUUACAUAAAUCUAUUAAAAUUAUGAAAUAUUUAUCAAUUAAAAAAAUGGCACAAUGCAUAAAUAUAAAUUAUAUGUCUGUUUAUUUUGCUGCUGAAAUAUGUAAAUCUUUUAAUUCACCAGAGAUUGUUGAUAUAUUAUUUUAUUUAAAUGAAAAAAAUACAGAAAUAUUAUUAAAAGAAUGUGAUAUUAAGAAAAUUGUUGUAUAUAUUAAUUACAUACCUGUAAAUAAAUUUAAGACCAUUAUCCAUAAAUUUCCAACAAGUUUUCUAAAACAAAUUAUUAAUGAUAUAUCUAUGAAAUAUAUUAUACAAAUAUUUAUUUCGUUACCUCAGAAUAAGACAAUCGAAUGUUUAUAUUCUUUGUCACCCAAAAAAUUAAAUAUACUAAUAACCACAAUACCGACUAAAAAUCUGAUAAUAGAUUUAAUCAUUCAAAAUGGAAACCCAACAAUACCAGUCGAGUCAUCGAUAAAAGAUCACAAAGUUUAUAAAAAAAAGAAAAGAAAGCAAAAAAAAUUAAUUAAAAUGUUAGAUAGUUCUAAUAUAUUUCUCAUAUUAAAUGAAUUAAGUGGAAACAAUUAUGAUAUAUUUUGUAAACCGUUGUGUGCAAAUCAAAUUAAAGAUAUUAUUAGCAACCAUCCAAUUGAUUGUAAAAAAUCUGCAAAAAUUAUUCUAUAUUUGCCUAUUAAUAAAAUUAUAGAAAUACUUGGAAACUUGGAAAAAGAAAAAUUUACAGCCAUAAUAAAACAGUUCCCUUAUUAUAUAAGGGAAAUUAUUAAUCAGCGAAUAUAUAACGAAAAUAAUGCUCUUCGAGAGAAUAGUGAAAUUACAAAUUUGAAUAAUGUUGAUGAAAAUCUUUACAAUAAUAAUAAUUUUAAAGACAAUAUUGAAAAUGGAAGUAACAAAAUCAAGCGAAUGCAUCAAAUAUUCACCACAUUUAAAUUACUGAAAUUUAUAAAGUUUUUUAACGAUUAUUAUAAUUUAAAAGAAAUAAAAAAAUAUGCAUAUAGUAAUUAUAUACAAGAACGAAAAAAGAAUGAUAUAAUACAUAGUAUCAAUAUUAAAAAUUAUCUAAAAUUUCUUAAUUGUACACCAUGUGUUAAAAUAAUGAAAAUAGAGAAUGCUAUUAACAAAGCAUUGAAUAAAAAUGUCUAUAAUAAAAAUAAUGUAAUAGAUUCUAUAUUCAUUUUUUUUAAUAUAUAUCAUAAAACGAAAAUUCAAAAAUACAUCAAUGAACAAAAAGUAAUAUGCUCUUUAGAGAAUUAUACUCUUAUAAAAAAGGAAAAAGUAAAAAAAAUAAAAUAUAUCGAAGGAAGUUCAAUACUAUCCAGUAAUACUAAUGCCUCGCAAGAUCAUAACCAAUAUGAAAAGAACGAAUAUAUCAAUGAAAAUAAUAUUAACGAAAAUAUGUUACACAAUGUGAAUAAAUACUCUUUAAAAAAUGAACAUAAGUCAAAUGAUGAAACUAAAAACAUAUCGGACAACAUAAAACCCAUGGAAGACGCAAAGGAAUCAAGCAUACUAAAAAUAAAAAAUAAUUAUUAUGUUUUUAUAAUAUACCUCGUUUCUUUUAUAAAAAAACAUAUUCAAAAAUGUAUUAUAUUAAGCGCACAGAUAAAUUCUGAAAAUUGUCCAAAAAAUCAAAUCAUCAAAUAUUGCAACAUUUCCAAUGCAGAGGAAAAUCUAAGUGAUGAAAGCAGAAAUAAAGAUGUCAAAGACAAUCAGAACAACAUAAUAUAUGUUAAUAGCGAAAAUAAAAAUGAAAUUGAUCAAACCAAUAUUAGGAAGGAAUACAAAUUUAGUAAAAUGUUUUUUAAUAGCGUCAGGAAAAUUAUGAAAAGUAUUUUCUACACUGUUAAAAAAAUCAAUAAAAUGGAUAAUUCAUUGUUUGCAACGAAAAAUAAUUCUGCUUCUAAUAUAAUACGAACUAAAAUAAUUUAUUGUAAAAAUGUUGUAAAAAACAUGAUAUUUAAUGAAUUCAAUAUAAAAGAACGUUUUAGAAAUUAUUUAGAGUUUGAAAAUAAUAAAAGAGCAAAUAUAGCAGACAAAUGCAUCCUUGAGAAAUCCAGAUGUGUACAUCCAAAUGAAAUAACAAAAAGCUUAAAUUAUUUGGACUAUUCAAUAGUUAAAAAUUUAACAGAAAACAUAAAUUUUAUCAGGGAUGAUGAAUUUGGUCAAAUGCGUAAAGAAAGCGAUAAUCUGAAAAAUAAAUAUAUAGUAAAAGAUUUAAAUGAAAACAAAGAAUGCACGGAAAUUAAACAAAUUGUAAAAAAAAUAGAAAAUAUAGAGUAUAAGCAUAAUGAUGAAACCUGUUAUGAUUUCCGAAAUAAUAAUAUAUUCUUAUUGAAUAAAAGUAAAAUUCCACAAUUAAGCAGUUCUAACGAAAACGUAUUAAUCACAUAUAAUAUAUCUGACUUCGAUUAUGGGAUAGAAAUUCAAACAAAUAGUAAACUUAUAGAUACUGAAAAAAAUAAUGGGAAUCUAAACGAUAUACAUGGUGUCGAAGGAAGUUAUAAGAAUAAUGCAAAGGAUGUUGUAAAAGACAGGAUAAAAAAUAGAACAAUUGAAACUUUGAAUGUUUUUGAAAAGGAAAGAGAUUUUAAUACGUCCUCAAAACAAAGUAACAAAAUAUAUUUAAAAAAUAUAAAAAAAGAAUACUCCAUUAACCCGAAUCAGUAUUCUCUGUUCCCAAAUUUGAAAUUUUUUAAAAAAAAAAUCACCCCCAAAAAACAAAACACAGUUGCUAUUAAUAACGACAAUUCUGACCUAGAACAAAGAAAAGAAAAAUUAUCAAAUAAUAAUAAUAUAACAAAUUUAUCAUCAAAUGUUGGAAUAAUAAAAAACACAAAGCAAUAUUGUUUAAGGUUCAUGUUUGUAUUAAAUGAUAUAAAUUUAGAGAAAAGUAUGAAUAAUACUACUAUAGUCAUAAAUUUUUAUUUUCAAAAAACGAACAAAUAUUUUAAAAAAUAUAAAAACAAUAUUUUCGGAGCAUCAUUAGUUAUAAAUACAAACAUAAAUGGGAAGAAUAAUGUCAUAAAUAUUAAUACCCCUAAUAACGACAAUUACUGUUAUAUAAGCCCAAAUAUUAUUUCUUUGAAUAAAUAUAAUAUUAAUAAUGAUCCAUUUGAGAAUUAUUGGAAAAAUAUAAAUUUACAAAAUAGUAAUGACAAUAAUAAAAACAACCUAAACGAAUGUAAUAGUGACGUUUCUGAUGUAGACAAAAAAAUGUUUGAAAAUUCAUUUUUGAGAACUGUUGAUAAAUCUGAUGAAAAGGCAAAAGAUGAGAGUAUCACUGAAUCUGUUCCUUUUAAUUGCGAGCAUCCAAAUUUUGCUGAUCAACUAUUACAAGAUUAUAUCAAUUUGAAUAUAAAAAAAACUACUAAUAUUAAACAAUCUAUGAAAAAAGUAUAUAAAAGCUUUUAUUCCAAUUUUAUUUUAUUAUGGACAUGUAAAAACAUAGGAUACAUAUACUUAGAUAAAAAUAAUUCCCUAUACAUAAACAUUAAUGAUUCUACAAAUAACUUUUCUAUUAAUUUACAUAAAAAAAAAUAUAAUGUUAUAUCUGAUAUAAAAUCCUCCAAAAAGAAUGAUUUUAUUUUUGUUAAAAAUUUUAAGGAUAAAAUAAUUUUACAAAAAAUAAAAACGCUGUUUUCAAAAGCGUUUUUAAAAAAAAAUAAUACUUCAAAUGAUAUUUUGAAUAAAUCUACAAUUGAUAAAAACAUACAAAAUGAUGAAAUAACUGAAAAUAAAUUUAUUUGUCUAAGUAAUGAACAUAACAUACCAAAAGUGAAUAAAAAUAAUAUCGGAAAUAACGAGGUAAUAAACUGUCUAAAUUGUAUAAACAAAACAAAUAUACAAAUAAAUAAUACUCAUGACGAUCAAAAUAGUAAACAAAAUAAAUUAAACAUCAUAAAAAAUAAUAUUGGAGAUAAUGAAAGUGAAAUUUGUUUUGGUGAUGAUUGCUACAAUAUGUAUAAAAAUUAUAACCCACCCUAUAAUUGUGGUUCCAAAAAUAAUAUCACAUACAACGAUAAAAAUUUUGAGACGAGUGAAAUAUAUAAGAGCAUUAUUACGACAUGUAAGCAUUUGGACCUACCGUAUAAGAAUAAUGCUUCAGAACAAUUUGAAAUAAAAAAAGAAACAAUGCUGAUUGAAAAUAAUAAUAUACAAGACAAACAACAAUGCUAUAAUGGGAAUGGUUAUAAAAUUUCUGAAAAAAUAAAAAUUGCAAGUUGGAAGGAUAAAAUAGAUAAAAACGAUUUUUACAAUAACACAAAUAGUAAAUCUUUUUCAACUAACAAACAAAAUAUAGUAACUAACAGAUUUAAUAAUAUAAUUUAUAAAGCUAAUAAAAAAUUAGCAUUUAAAAAAAAAAUAAUAGAUGAUCAACUAUUAAAAAAAUAUAAUAUUAACAGGGAAUCCUUAAAUUCACUAACUGAAAGUGAAAAACAAAUAGUGGACGAAAUAAAAAAUGAUGAAUUUAAUAAAAUUAUAGAACAAGAAUUAUACAACGAAAAUAAUAAUUAUAAAUUUCAAGAUUCAUUUCCUUUGAGAAGUAUUGGUUAUACUGAAGAAGAAUUUAACAUAAUAAUGUAUUUGGAAAAAAGGAAAAAAAGACAAAACUCCAAAAAAAAAACAAUUAAAAAAAAUAUUAAUUGUCUUAUAUCAAGUUUAAAUAAUAUUAAGAUGCGUAAACUAAAUUUUAUUCCACUUUUGGAAAACUCGUUGUGUAAUUAUAAUAUUAAUACAUAUUCUUCCCAUUUGGAAACUGACUAUAAUUGUGAUAAGAAUGAAAAUAAAAGCAGUGAUAUAAUUGACCAAAAUUUCUUUAUAGGAGCUAUAAAAAAACAACCCCGAACUUUAUCAAAUGAGCAUAAUAACAUCGAAGAGGACCAAUACUCAAAUAAUUCAAAUGUACAAAAAGAAAACUCCUUAUUUUUAGCAUUUGAAAACAAUAAAAAAAAACAUAUAUAUAAAGAAAAUCCAAACAAUAAUUUUAAAAAUAAUAAUCCCAAAAAAUUAAUGUGUAAGCAUAUUUUAACAAGGGAAUUUGAUAAAAAUACAAUUUUUUCCGAUGUAAAUAAUGUAUCAGGAGAAUCAGAUGAAAUGAAACAAAUCCAUAAAACUAAUAAAAUGUCAAACUAUUUGAUAUCAAACAUUGAAAUGCAUAAAAAGAAAAAGGAUAUAAGAGACUCACUAAAAAACGUACCAAAUAUAUAUACACACGAAACACCCCAAAAUAAAAAGGAGCAGUUUCUUAACUCUUUACAUCAAUCAAAUAAAUGUAUUAAUUAUUCUGCAAGUACAAAAAAAUUAACACACACAAAAAGUGAUAUUUAUAAUAAAACUAUGAAUGAGGACAAUAUAGCGAGAAGCAUUGAUUUUAUUAGACAAAUGGAAGAAAAUAAUUUAACUAAAUACUGCCCUCAAAAGGAAUAUAAUAAACGUUUAAUAAAUAAAGCUAACAAAACUAAUAAAGCAAACAGAAACUUGCUUAAGAAAACCAUCUUCAAUAAUACACAUGGCAGAAAUAAUAGUAAUACAAUUCUAAAUUCUAACAAAAUUCCACAUAAAAAGUAUGGAGCCAAUUAUUUAACGCGCCAAGAAAAGAUAGUUGGUGAGUCAAAAUUAAUACCAGCGAAAAAUACCCUAGAAUAUUCAAACGAGACAAUACCUUCUGAAGAAUUAAAAAACGAAGAUAUUAAUGACUCAAAAAAUAGAAAACAAAAUAAAAAAUGUGAAAACGAAGAAACUGGGCUUUUAAACAUGUAUUGCUUAUUUGAAAAUAAAUCAAAUUUUUUUUAUUUAAUUAGUGAAGGGUAUUCUAAAGCUAGUAGUUUUGUGAAUGAUAGUAUGCUAAUUCAUUCAAAAUUGUAUAAUGAUAUUUUUGAUAUAAAAGAAAAUGAUAUGUUAAUUUGGUAUAAUCAAUCUAUUUGUAAUGAUUGCAAAAACCUUGAUGAAGAUAAUAAUGGCAAUAAUAUUAAUAAUCCAAAUGACAAGGUUAGCAAUGAAAAUAAUUUGUGUAUUCACAGAAACCCCAAAAUGCUAUGUAGUAUUUGCGGUGAUGUUUUUAAAAAAAAUUUGUUAAAUGAUUUGUUCUUUUUUAAGAUUAUUAUAAUAAAUAAAAAAAAUAUAUUUUUAAAACGAUUAAUUAUUAGCAUACAUUAUGAGAGUCCAUUAAUAAAUGCUCAUUUUAAUUCAAAAGACAAUAUUAAAUAUAUUUUGGAAAAAAACACUAAGCAAUAUAAAUUAAAAAUUAUAGCUAUAACUAAAAAAAAAGUACAUAAAAAAUUAUCUUUAUCAAAAUCAAAAUUUUUAAGAAAAUGCUUAGAAAUUGAAUUAAUUAGUAAUUUUCAAAAUGCGAACAACUUAAUAUCUACACAAAAUUAUAAUAAUCACAUUUCUACAACCGAUCCAUAUUAUUGUAUAAAUGGGUCCAAAACAUCUAUUCAUAAUAUGAAUGAAUAUAAACAAAAUAUAAUCUAUGAACAAAUUGAAACUCAUUCAGAAGAUUUAUCAAAUGUUGUGCAAUCACCUCAGUUUAAUUUUGAUGCAUUCAAUUCGAGUACAGCAAUUCUUACGUUUAGCAUACUCAAUGACAGAAAUAAAAGGAAAUAUGACAUUGAGAGAUUUAUUGUUCCUUCAGUAUUGUUUUGCACCAAUGGCUAA